AAAUGAGUGGUACUUUUCUUGGAUGCAAAACGUUUUAUCUAAGUCUUUAUAGAUGUUAGCAUGACUUUUGCUAUUAAUGAUGGCAUCUUUUGGACAAGUAUAGCUUAUUCUGUAAUAAAAUUUUCCUUUGUAAGUAAUUUCAAAAGUUUGUGGUAGAAUUGAUAGGGAGUCGGGACGAUGAGGGAAGAGGAUAAAAAAUUAGGGUCUUCAUCUGUUAAGCUUACCGCUUGCGGUGCAGGAUGGCAUUUUGGGCUUCAAAUUUGGGGGGAAACAAGUAGUUGGUUACUGUGUUGUCCUCCGAAAUUGUCAUUUUUAUACUCUCAUUUCGCUGUUUUAAUAUGUUGAAGUCGUUAGCGAUGUUUAAAAAGGAUUCAUAGUUUCCCUUUUGCUUUUCUGUUCUCUUUUUUUAAUGUGCACAUUUGAAGAAGGAAUUUUAGCGGUUUUACAUCAUGUUAACAUGUUUUUUUAUAUUGGUUCAUAGGUUUGAAUGUUCUGAGAUUGUUAAAUUUGUGAGGCCUUGAUCUCAAGUACAUAUGAAUCGAAGACCAUUCUUUCUUCUGCAUUCCAUCUCUGUGUUACGAAACCCUGUUAACUUAUUCCCCUUAGCUUUGGGAUAUCGGAUUCCAAAAGCCCCAACUCUGGAGCUUUCCUGGCAUUGGAGCACCUUUACCUCUGCUGCUGCUACUGCCUUGUUUCCAUCAAGUGAAACACUAGAAGAAAAGGUAUCAGUAGAAAGGGUUGGAGCCUGUCCAAAGGACUCAAAAGAUGUUUUCCGGAGUUGGGGUUGCAGUGAUAGUGAUAUAGCAAAGAUAUUUCAACGGCGACCUUCUUUGCAGAAUGUUGAUCUUGCCAACCUCCAGUCCAAACUCAACUUGCUUUCUGGGUUGGGCCUCUCAUCUACUAACCUUGUAAAGAUCAUUAACUGUCGCCCCCGCUUCCUUGGUAGUCGCAUUAAUAAGUUCUUUGACGGGCGCCUAGAUUAUCUCCAAGAAUUGUUUGGGUCAAGGGAAGUACUUCUAAAAGCCAUUAUACGGAAUCCUUCCCUCCUCACCUAUGACUUUUAUACCAAAAUCAAACCUGUUGUUGCCACAUACGAAGACAUGGGUGUUAGUAGAAAGGAUUUGAUUGCUAUGCUUCUUUCUCGCCCCACUUUAAUUCCCAGAACCUCUAUCAAUGAUGAGAAGUUGGAGUACAUUCGCAAGACUGGGAUCUCCAGGGAUUCAAAAAUGUACAAAUAUGUGGUCACCCUGUUUGCCAUCUCACGCACUGAAACAAUCCGUGCAAAGCUGGCAAACUUUGAGAAGUUUGGAUUUUCAGAGGAUGAGGUUUUGGGUCUUGUUGGACGCUCUCCUCUUAUGUUGACACUAUCCAUUGACAAGGUUCAACGGAACAUGACUUUCAUAUUGAGCAUGAUGAAACUUCCAGCCAAUGCGGUCCUCGGUUACCCGUUUUUGCUGUUCUUCAAUUUGGAGGCUGUGUUGAAGCCACGGAUGCUUCUGGCAGGAAAGAUUCAGGAUAUGGGUCUUCUUCCACAAAUUAAAGGACCUUCAAUGCUGACGGCAUUUAGGAUGAAAGAGAAGCGGUUUUUGAAGCUAUAUGUAACUUGUCACCCAAAGGAAGUUGCUGAUGAAUUGAUGGAGUUCUACUCUAGUGCAAAAGAUGUCAAGAGACUGGCAGAAUCCUCGAAGAAGAAACACAAUAAAGGAUUCCCAUUCUGAAAAUUGUUUUGAUACGAGUGUCUUGAUGAAGUUUUGUUUCUGUAUAUGCAUCGUUGUGCCAUAAUGCCAUUCCCUUUGUGAUUCUGUCUUCGUGCAUAUGCAACAAAGUUAUGCAAAAGUCCUACAUAGGUGCUGAAGUGUUUAUCUGCCCAUUAGCACUGGUAUUAGCAUUGGUACUGCAAACCUGAGUUGACUUCAUGUCUUUGUGGGCCCAUUGGUGCUUAUUCGUGUGCAUAAAGAGAAUAGAUGAGAAACAGAAUAGUCAAGUACAUGCAGAAUAGUUUUUUCCCUCUCCUCUAUUCCUUAUUCUGCGUUCAAAACUUAAUGACAGGCUUGAGUGCACCUAGGGGUCAGAAACAGGAUAACUUUGACUGAAAAUUAUCCGAGUUGUGGGGGAAUAUUAGUUGGUGAAACCCUUUUUCAUAUAUAGCUCGGUCAGUUGAUGUCAGUGAAAUGUUGGUUGCCCAAACAAGUUCGGUGAAUUAAUUUUUGCAAAUUCAACCUGAACUAUUUGUCAUGGUGAUGUGUCAUUUUCAAUUAAGGCAUGCAGAUAGUAAAAAUGCUUCAGGAAAACUUGCUACUUGUAACAUUUAGUUUUUGAAGUUACAUAAACUAUUUUGAAAAAUCGACAUGUCUUCCUGGCUAAUGAGCUGAUGUUGGGUUUGAAUUUGCUUGUGAGUGCCUUGGGCAGGGCCCGAAUCCGUAUGAACUGUUAGUGAAUGAUUGGACAAUCAAGUCAAUAAAUGUUGCAAUAAUAUCGCAAUGUUAUCUGGAUACCUUUUGUCAAUGUUGUGGCUGUUCCGGCUAUUUUGCAUGAGCUAACAUGUUCCCUCAGAAAACAAUAACAAAGCAUGAGAAGAAGCUUUGAGAAUCUCUCUGGCAUAUUCCAUAGCAACACAUUUCCUGUUCUUUCUUUUUUUCUU